AUCUUGUGUGAGCAUUAGGUUCCAAAGCCAAUCCCACAAUGAAGUUGUUCGUAGUCGUCCUGUCCUGCCUGGCGGCGUUGGCCGUGGCCGAGGAGCCCAUCGAACUCGACUACCACCUUAACGUGGGCAUCCCGAAAGCUGAAGCCAUCAAGCAGGCGGAGCUAGCUGCCGACUUUGACGGCUCCAGAAUAGUCGGCGGAUCCGCGGCUGCUCUUGGCGCCUACCCGUAUAUGGGAGGGCUGGUGAUCACGCUAACUGACGGCCGCACCUCAGUAUGCGGCUCCUCGUUGAUUUCCAACACUCGGCUGGUGACCGCGGCGCACUGCUGGCGCGACCGCACCGCACAGGCGCGACUCUUCGUCGUAGUACUCGGCUCUGUAACCCUCUUCUCCGGUGGCACCCGCAUCACCACCGACCGUGUACAGAUGCAUGGCAGCUACAACAUGAACAACUAUAACAACGACAUUGCUGUUAUCACCAUCAAUUCCGUAGCCUACACCAACACCAUCCGCAACAUUAACCUCGCGUCUGGCACCAACGACUUCGCGGGCUCCUGGGCUGACGCAGCUGGAUUCGGCUUGACCGCGGACGGUGGUAGCAUCAGCACCAACCAGUUCCUGUCUCACGCUCGCGUCCAGGUCAUCACCAACAACGUGUGCAGGCUGACAUACGGCACAACUACCGUUAUCGCUUCAACCUUGUGCAUCAGCGGCGCCAACCGCAUCAGCACAUGCAGCGGGGACUCCGGCGGUCCGCUCGCCAUCGGCAACACUCUCAUCGGUGUGACAUCGUUCGGCUCGAGCCGCGGCUGCCAGCAGAACAUGCCCGCCGGUUUCGCCAGGGUCACCUCCUUCAACGCCUGGAUCAGAUCCCUGAUGUAACCUGACCAAUGCCAUAGACCAGACUUGCGCUGGUGACUGAUAUUUUAUAUUUUAAAUAAAUGAUAUUUUAUACAA